GUGCCGGGGCCGUGCCGGGGGCGGUGUAACGCGAGGGGCGGUGUUGGGGCUGUCUGAGGGAAUGCGGGCGGCCAAGAUGGCUGUUGCUGCCGCCGCUGCUGGGCGUCACCUGCUGAGGAGCUGCAGCCAGCUGUGGGCGCCAGUGCGAUGGAGAGGCCAGGCCAUGGCCGCCGCAGUGAUGGAGAGCUCCAAGCUCCAGAUCCAGCCCCAGGAGAGGAAACCUAAAACAGGAAUCUUGAUGUUGAACAUGGGAGGCCCGGAGCGGCUGGAUGACGUCCAUGAUUUCCUGCUGCGUCUCUUCCUGGACAGAGAUCUAAUGACCCUUCCAGUUCAAAAUAAAUUGGCCCCACUCAUUGCCAAGCGCCGCACACCGAAGAUCCAGGAGCAGUACAGCAGGAUCGGUGGGGGCUCCCCCAUCAAGAAGUGGACGGUGGUGCAGGGAGAGGGCAUGGUGAAGCUGCUGGACAGCAUGUCUCCUCACACUGCGCCUCACAAGUACUACAUCGGCUUCCGGUACGUGCAUCCGCUGACGGAGGAAGCCAUCGAGGAGAUGGAGAGGGAUGGCAUCGAGAGGGCUGUGGCCUUCACCCAGUACCCCCAGUACAGCUGCUCCACCACAGGAAGCAGUUUAAAUGCCAUUUAUCGUUACUAUAACGAGAAGGGGGAGAAGCCAAAGAUGAAGUGGAGCAUAAUUGACCGAUGGCCCACACAUCCCCUUCUCAUUCAGUGCUUUGCUGAUCACAUCCAGAAGGAGCUGAACCUGUUCCCACCAGACAAAAGGAAAGAGGUGGUCAUCCUCUUCUCAGCCCACUCGCUGCCCAUGUCUGUGGUGAACCGCGGUGAUCCGUACCCUCAGGAAGUGGGAGCUACUGUCCAGAGGGUCAUGGAGAAGCUCAACUACUCCAACCCUUACAGGCUUGUGUGGCAGUCCAAGGUUGGACCAAUGCCUUGGCUGGGUCCCCAGACAGAUGAGACCAUUAAAGGACUGUGCCAGCAAGGAAAGAAGAACAUGUUGCUGGUCCCAAUAGCAUUUACGAGUGACCACAUUGAAACUCUGUAUGAACUGGAUAUCGAGUAUGCCCAGGUUUUAGCCAACGAGUGUGGAGUUGAAAAUAUCAGAAGAGCAGAGUCUCUCAAUGGGAAUCCACUGUUCUCCAAGGCCCUGGCUGACCUGGUGUGCUCCCACCUGCAGUCCAACGAGGUGUGCUCCCGCCAGCUGACCCUGUGCUGCCCGCUCUGCAUCAACCCCGUGUGCAGGGAGAGCAAGGCGUUCUUCAGCAGCCAGUGCCUGUGAGCCGCCUGUCCCCCAGUGUCCUGGGGGGGACCCUGCCCCAGGCCAGGACAGGCCUCUACCAGCCCUCCCAGCACACACUCACAAACUGCUGGGCUCAAUGCUGUUAUCCCCAUAACAGCAGGGAGAACUUGACCUUGGGUUAAUUUUUCUGAUUUCUUUGUUUGAGAAGAGUUGUAGAAGUAGGGAAAUACGGGCAUUUAUCCUGUCAGGUGUGAAGAGAUUUCGUGUCCUCCGACCCCGAUCAGACUAAGCAUGAGCCCAGCAGUAUGCACUGAAAAACAUACACAACUUUUUUACAAUUAGCUUCUAUUUCUAUGCAGGAAUUUAUUUGUAUGCAGGGAGGUCACAAGUGCAUUAACUUGCCAAGUCAAAGGUACAGUUAUUUUGGUUUUGCUUAAGGUGCAGUCUGACCAGCACAGUCUGUUGUCUAUUCUGAGAGGGUCUUUGCAGCUGGCUUUGGAGACUUUGGAGAUCAAGUGGCUUCUAAUGCUUUUUAAUAAUGCGUGUAUAUAUGUUUUGUUUUGUUUUAGAACAUGAAGAUAAGGCUUUGGUUUGGUUUUCUCCAACCAGAAACUUUGAGUGAAAGCUUAGCUGGGAUAGUAGAAUGCACAAAAUUUGUUCACAUUUUCUAGGAAAAACAUUUUCAUUAUCUGCAGGAAAGUAUUUGAAGAGCAUAAAUUGAAAGGAAUUCGCCUGCUUGGGUGAUACUGGAGAAUUUGCUCCAUUGAAACUGCAUGUUUCAAAUCUAGCAGGAGCAUGUGUGGAAACAUGUUGGCUUAUCUGUUAAGCAGAAUGGCUUUUGAAAUUCUUCUUAUUUU